AUGCGGCCGUCGACAUCGACGUCGGGCGCCGCUCUUCGCGCCGCCCAUGGCGCUGCUAAAUGCCGACUCCUGGUCUGCCCACACGCCGCCUCUUCACCAUGGGCCUGCUCGACGCUGAACGCUCGACCGAAGCUCCCGUCGCUGCGUCGCGGUAGACCUUCGACAGCUGUCACCAGCCAUCGCUUCUACUCGGACAAGCCGCUCCCGCAAGCGAAUUCACGCAUACUUGGCUUCUGCUACGGUGCUGCUGCCUGGGUUGGCAUCUCCAUCACGGUGGUUGGCGUUGGCAUCUUCGGCUUCUUCCUCUACGACGCGAGCACCUACAAGGAGCACGCCACCCGGACCGACAUUGACGUCUCGCAACUAGCCCUUCAACCCCGACGCGGUGGUCCGAAGAACCUUCCCAUCGCCGAAGUCUUCAUCGAUGAAGAUGAGUGCGAAGAGAAGAAGCGGAUCAAGCACAAACCAAGGCUCGUCGUCCUCGGCGGCGGCUGGGGUGGAGUCGCACUCCUCAAGGAGCUCAACGCCGAAGACUAUCACAUCACCGUCAUCUCCCCGACCAACUAUUUCCUCUUCACCCCAAUGCUUCCCUCGGCGACUGUGGGGACUCUGGAGCUGCGGUCGCUCGUCGAGCCUAUCCGUCGCAUCAUCAGCCGCGUCCACGGACACUUCAUUCGUGCCCGGGCGGAAGAUAUCGAGUUUUCCGACAAGCUCGUUGAAGUCUCUCAGCUGGAUCAUCAAGGGAAGGAAGUCCGAUUCUACGUCCCUUACGACAAAUUGGUCAUCGCCGUCGGCUCCGUGACCAACCCGCAUGGUGUCAAGGGGCUUGAAAACGCCUUCUUCCUCAAAGACAUUGACGAUGCCCGCAAGAUUCGAAACCGCGUCAUCCACAACCUCGAGCUCGCCUGUCUUCCCACAACCCCCGACGAUGAGCGCAAGCGUCUCCUUUCCUUCGUGGUCUGCGGCGGCGGUCCAACCGGCGUCGAGUUUGCGGCGGAGCUGUAUGACCUGCUCAACGAGGAUCUUACCCGCCACUUCCCCCGUCUUCUGAGAAAUGAGAUUUCCGUUCAUCUCAUUCAGAGCCGGAGUCACAUCCUCAAUACCUACGACGAGACUGUCUCAAAGUACGCCGAGGAUCGAUUCUCUCGGGACCAGGUCGAAGUCUUGACCAACUCGAGAGUCAAGGAAGUCCGGCCGGACAAGAUCAUAUUCACGCAGAAGCAGGAGGAUGGAAAGCUGACCACCAAGGAGUUGCCGGUCGGAUUCUGCCUGUGGUCCACGGGCGUGUCGCAGACGGCUUUCUGCCAAAGGCUUGCCAAGAAGCUUGCUAGUUUCCAGACGAACCGACAUGCCCUCGAGACGGACACGCACCUUCGCCUCAACGGUACCCCCCUCGGCGACGUCUACGCCAUCGGAGACUGCUCGACGGUUCAGAACAACGUCGCCGACCACAUCAUCACCUUCCUGCGCACCCUCGCUUGGAAACGUGGCCAAAACCCGGAAACGCUGCACCUGCACUUCAGCGACUGGCGCCAGGUUGCCAUGGACGUCAAGAAGCGCUUCCCCCAGGCUGUCAACCACCUGAAGCGUCUCGACAAGCUGUUUGCCGAGUUUGACAAAGACCAGUCCGGCACGCUGGACUUUGGCGAGCUUCGGGAGUUGCUAAACCAGAUUGAUAGCAAGCUCACCUCGCUGCCAGCGACCGCCCAGCGUGCGCAUCAGCAAGGCAAUUACCUGGCGCACAAAUUCAACAAGAUGGCACGCCUGUCGGAUGGUCUAUCGGCCAACGACAUUCGCGAUGGCGACCUGGACGCCGCCGUGUACAAGGCGUUUGAGUACCAUCAUCUGGGCAGCCUUGCAUACAUUGGCAACUCGGCCGUCUUUGACCUUGGUGACGGCUGGAGCCUUGCCGGUGGCCUCUGGGCGGUGUAUGCCUGGCGAUCGGUAUAUUUCGCACAGAGCGUCAGCUUUCGCACACGAUCUCUCAUGGCCAUGGAUUGGGCAAAGAGGGGCGUCUUUGGUCGAGACACAGACUUGAUGAGCUUUUGA